AUGAAAGAGAAGAAGGAAGGCUCGUACGGCCGAGGGGAGGCCUCAUCGUCCGACGGCCCGGACAAUGCCAUCGCACACGAUGCCGUCUUUGGAGAGAUUACAUCAGAAGGACCCAACUACCGGAGCGUUGGGUGGCUGGGUACGUCGGUGCUCAUGAUGAAGACGCAAAUCGGCCUCGGCGUCCUGUCCAUCCCAUCGAUAUUCGACACGCUCGGCAUGGUCCCGGGAGUCGUGCUCCUGUGCGUGAUAGGCGGCAUCACGACCUGGUCCGACUUCAUCGUCGGCACUUUCAAGCUCCGUCACCCCCACGUCUACGGUAUCGACGACGCCGGAGAGCUGAUGUUCGGAUGGAUCGGCCGUGAGGUCCUCGGUGCUGCGUUCUGCUUGUUGUUCACCUUCACCUCCGGCUCGGCCAUGUUGAGCAUCUCCAUCGCCCUCAACGCCCUAUCCGUUCACGCGACGUGCACCGCCGUGUUCGUGGCCGUGGCCGCCAUCAUCGGUUUCGGCUUCUCCAGCCUGCGGACCCUGGGACGCAUCAGCUGGCUGGCCUGGAUCGGCGUCAUCAGUAUAGUCGUUGCCGCUAACGAACGCCUUCGCCCAGUCCUCACCGUGACCAUCGCGGUGAGCCUCCAGGACCGGCCCGCCGCGGCGCCGCAGGACGCCGUGUGGAAAUCCGACUUCAAGAUCGUCAACACGCCCUCCUUCACCCAGGCCAUCGGCGCCAUCUCGUCCCUGGUCUUCUCGUACGCCGGCACCCCGGCCUUCUUCUCCAUCGCGGCCGAGAUGCGCGACCCGCACCACUACACGCGCUCGCUCGUGCUCUGCCAGUCCGUCGUCACCAUCGUCUACGUGGCCGUCGGCGUCGUCGUCUACUACUACUGCGGAUCCUACGUGUCGUCGCCGGCCCUCGGUUCCGCCGGCCCCAUCGUCAAGAAGGUCGCCUACGGCCUUGCGCUCCCUGGGCUGAUCGUCUCGGCGGCCGUGAUGCUUCACCUGGCUAGCAAGCACAUCUUCGUCCGUAUCCUGAGAGGAUCCAAGCACCUGGCCGCGAACACCCUGGUCCACUGGUCGACGUGGCUCGGCUGCACGUUCACCAUCUCGUUGGUGGCAUACCUCAUCGCCAGCGGCAUCCCCGUCUUCAACAGCCUGAUCUCCCUCAUCGGCGCCCUCCUGGGCACCAUGAUUUCGUUCCAGCCGAUGGGCUGCAUGUGGCUGUACGACAACUGGAGCAAGGGCAGGCAGGCCCCUACUCUCGGGUGGUAUCUCAUGGUCGCUUGGAGUUGUUUCGUCAUCCUCUCGGGAACGUUCCUGACGAUCGCCGGAACUUACAGUGCCAUUGUUGGCAUCAUCGACGAUUACAGCAAAUCAGGGGGUUCGGCCGCGUGGUCUUGUGCUGACAACUCAAACUCCAUAUGA